ACAACCCCGUGCCGCCGUUCCGGGCCCCUCCUUCCAACGGCCACGUGCGGCCUGCGCGUGCGCACUCGCCCAGUUUGGCGCCCACCAGGCAGUGGGGAAGGGGAAGGGGAAGAGGGUGAGGGUGGCAGGGUGGGGACAGGGAAUGGGAAGCAGUGGUGGGGAUGUGGGUGGUGGACCAGGGGCGAGGGCAGGGGACAAUGUCUGUGGAGAAGGGGGGUCUGUUUAGGUUUCCGCUCUUGGACGGGAGGGAGCGGCGGGGUAAGCAGCCUAGGAGGACUAGGGAGCUCCACAAGUCCCGCGGCCAGGGCGCCCCAAGCGAGGCCGGGGUCCGCGAUCGGUCGCCACUGGAGCGGGGCUGCAAGGGGGUGCCGAUGCUGCGAGAGAAAACCUGGGGACCUUGGAACGGGCUCAUGGUAAUUGGGAAGAGAGUGGAGCUCCUGACUAGAAACACUCGAAAGCCGAAGCUGGAGUCUGAGUACUGGAGACUGGAAGAUGUGGAAAAGACGGUCUUGAAAGGGAAGUCAGGCCCGAGUCAGGAAAGGAUGGAUGUGAAGCUGCUGUACCGUGGAGCAAGUGCAUCACAAGCUUCAGCAGAUUUGGGGAAAGACAGCCCAAGGGGGAUUUGGGGAAAGCAAGAGGUCAAACACGAAAUAAAGGCUAAAUCUAAGAGUGCAGGGAUGACAGCAGGGCCUAUGAAGGGGUCUGGGUUUGAAGAAAGGUUGAGGUCUGCUGGGGAGAAGGUAGGGACCAGUGGAGAGGACUUGAGAUCCAAUGGAUAUAAACUGGGACAGGAUGAGAAGGGGUUGAGGUCUAGUGUAGACAAGAUGAGAUCAAGUGUAGAGAAGCUGAGGUCUACUAGUGAGAAGCUGGUGUGCAGGGGAGAGAAGCAGGGGUCCAGUGGAGUGAAGCUGAGGUCCAGUGGCAGAAAGCUGAGAUCAAGUGGAGAGAAUUUGAGAUCAAGUAGAGAGAAGCUGAGAUGGAGUGGAGAGAAGCUGGGAACUAGUGGAGAGAAGCUGAGAUCAAGUGGAGAGAAGCUGGGAACCAGUGAUGAGAAGCUGAGGUUGAGUGGAGAGAAGCUGGGAACCAGUGAUGAGAAGCUGAGGUUGAGUGGAGAGAAGCUGAGGUUGAGUGGAGAGAAGCUGAGGUUGAGUGGAGAGAAGCUGAGGUUGAGUGGAGAGAAGCUGAGGUUGAGUGGAGAGAGGCUGGGAACCAGUGAUGAGAAGCUGAGGUUGAGUGGAGAGAAGCUGAGGUUGAGUGGAGAGAAGCUGAGAUCAAGCAGAGAGAAGCUGAGGUUGAGUGGAGAGAAGCUGAGGUUGAGUGGAGAGAAGCUGAGGUUGAGUGGAGAGAAGCUGAGGUUGAGUGGAGAGAAGCUGAGGUUGAGUGGAGAGAGGCUGGGAACCAGUGAUGAGAAGCUGAGGUUGAGUGGAGAGAAGCUGAGGUUGAGUGGAGAGAAGCUGAGAUCAAGCAGAGAGAAGCUGAGGUUGAGUGGAGAGAAGCUGGGAACCAGUGAUGAGAAGCUGAGGUUGAGUGGAGAGAAGCUAAGAUCAAGCAGAGAGAAGCUGAGGUUGAGUGGAUAGAAGCUAAGAUCAAGCAGAGAGAAGCUGAGACUGAGUGGAGAGAAGCUGGGAACAAGUGAUGAGAAGCUGAGGUUGAGUGGAGAGAAGCUGAGAUCAAGCAGAGAGAAGCUGGGAACCAGUGGAGAGAAGCUAAGAUCAAGCAGAGAGAAGCUGAGGUUGAGUGGAGAGAAGCUGGGAACAAGUGAUGAGAAGCUGAGGUUGAGUGGAGAGAAGCUGAGAUCAAGCAGAGAGAAGCUGGGAACCAGUGGAGAGAAGCUGAGAUCAAGCAGAGAGAAGCUGAGGUUGAGUGGAGAGAAGCUGGGGUCAAGUGCGGAGAAGCUGAGAUCUAGUGAGGAGAAGUUAGGGACCAGCGGGGAGAAAUUGGAGGGUUCAAGAAUGGGGAGCAUAAAUGAGAAGAACAUUGAAAAAGUGGUAGAAGUUACUGGUGAUGAAAGAGUGAUGGCAUUUACUGAUGAUGAGAUGGAAAUUCCUUUUGAAAGUGUCAAAGGGAGUGAGGAACUACAAGGGACUGAGAAAGGAGUGGGAGUUGAGGGGGGCAUCUUGAGUGAAGUGAAAGAUAUCACUGAUGAAUCUGUUUCUAUGGAAAAGAAAGAUAUUAUAGGUGAAGGUACCAGUGAAUGAGGCAGAUGAAGGAUUGACACCAAAGAAGGAAAGAGGCAGACAGGAGAAGUACUGAAAGUCAGAGGAGAAAUUAGAGCCAGGCAGAACAUUAUUGACACUGAAGGGGUAAAGUUGAGAAAGGAAAGGAGAGAGUCUGAGCCUAAAAUAAAAGAGAGUGGAAGUGAGGAAAAGAGCUUCUGGGGCUGAAGGCGGAGGCCAGGAUCAAAGGAAGCAAAGAGGAGUGUCUGGUUCAGAGGGAAGUGGGAACAUAUGGAGGAGAAAGAGAAGACUUGGUAACGUGUUGACAGAGGACACUUGGAUAUUGGGAGAAAAGCUGUGACUGGGAGCUCAUAGGGAAAUGUUUGAGAAAAGGAUGGAGGAUGGGCUAGAAGGAUUUAGUCUGACACUAAAUGGGGUCUAUGAGAUGGAGAAUUGCAGCAGGAUAAAGGGUAGAUUUUGAGAGUUGUGGAAGAAGGUGCAGACUGAAGUGGGCAAAAUUUCUGAAAGAGGAGCCUGAAGAAUGAAGGGCUCCCAAGUGACAAAAGCAGGAGAGGAGAUAAGAAAGAAGUGAGAAAAAACACAAGAAGCCACGUGCCAUAAUGGUGAUUGUGUUUGUUGAUCUCUGCCAUCCCGAGAUCAUCACUCCUAGCCUCCUCUGGAAACUCUCUGAGAGUUGGGGAAUUGUCUCUUUUAUAAGAGGCCUACACAGGCACGAGGUCAUACUUGGGCAGUUUUCGGCUUUGUGAAAAUCUCUCAGAUUGCACCGCACAGUAUACAACUGAUGAACCAGACAACCACAGUCGUUCUUUGGAUUGCAUUUUCUCCUGAGAUAUCAGACGCAUUUCACCAGGGCCACAGAAAGAAAAAUGAAGACCAAGAUACCGUGACAAAUGCCAACUACCUCGUGACAGGGAAGAUGAUGCCAUCAGAUCUGUGCUUCACAUAGAGAAGUCCGGCUUCGAGAUGGAGUCACCGGGGCAUGGUGUGCGGGCAGUCAGUAAAGUGGAGAUGUGAUUACUAGAUCAUUAUGGUGGAGACAAACAGGAACCUCUACCCUCCUCUGCCUGUUAGUACUGGAUGGUGUGAGCGAGGUCCCCCAGCUGCACCACAGCAGGGCAGGAGACAGCAGGGUGCCCGCCCAGAACAGUGGGAGCAGUGCUUCCUGUUGCAGCCCCCACCCAGCCAGGCACAGGCCCAGUGCCUCUGUGGGACUCCGUCCAGGACUUGUUGAAAUGGCCGAUGAUACAAAGGAGCCCCGACUUCACCCAUGGCCAGCUUCCCUCGCCAUCCUCCCUGCAGCCAAAGGACUCGCCCUCACCUGUUCUUUCUGAGACAAAUCAUCUGCCAGGUUUCUGCCUCGGGACACCCAAGCUCAGCACAGACAGCCUAGCAGCCUGGGUGACAGGAUCCCAGGGGACAGGAUUCUCUCCUUGCCAUGGGGAUGAAGACAAAUUCUCCCUUCAUCCUUGAGAUUGGACUCCCGCCACACAUCCUGGAGGAGCCUACAGAGAAGCCGGCAGGUCUCCCUCACCUGGAUGGUGCCAGCGGGUGGCCUGGACCACCCAGAGGCCCUCUCCUGCACCUGACAGGAAGCCCCUGGGGCAUACGUCUCCCCUGCCACUUCCACUGUGGCCACUAGAAGUGUGGCGGAGAAAAUAGCUAGGACAAAAAGAAGUCAAUGAUUUCAACCAACGGAAUUUCUUUGUCCUUUGUAAAAGUCAACACAUGAUCUGUUACUGAUUGGGAUGUGAAAUAAAACUAAAAAUAACAGCACACUGAGCCUGGCUCAGGGCUCAGCUCACCUUUA